AGAAAAAAAACCUCCUCAUCUGGCCGGGCAUGGGCCAUGCUGCCCCAACACCAACUGGGCUCCUCCUCCAUCUCCUCUCUCCUCCCUCCAAUGAUUUCCUAUGGAUAGAAAAGGGCAUAAGCCCUGAGCUAUCAAACCAGGCUCACGAAUUUACGAUACAAUUCAAUGUGCGUGUAGCAGAAACUCGACCACGCUUCUCAACAUCUGGGCUUUUAUUUUGAAAUGAGUUCGGUGACCCCGGAAGUCAAAGGUCCCAUUGGACAGGAAGCAGAGCUGCUGCUGCUGCAGGAUGAAUGAGGAUGUGAGGACAAAGAUUGCAACCUGAGCGACGAGCAACUGUCUAAUAAACUAGUGUUAACCCUUUUAAACACCGUAAACUUGCCAAACCAAUGAAAGCAGGUAACUUCCAGCCUCUCAUUCGCAGUAUAGUGUUUCCUAGUUAGCUAUGUUUGAUAGACAACAUGACGGAUCCAGCAGGGACUGUCUCGUAGCAGCGACGAUGCUCAGGCCUGUCACAACCGGCUUUCUCACAUUGUCUCCGUUUCACCAAUGACUAUGGAUGUCAGAGCGGUUCUGGAGUUCGCCACAGUCACCAGGGGUCUGUCACUGUUUCUGCAGGCUGCCUUCAAUGCUGUCAUCCCUGACCAUGAUGCUGAUGCGUUCAGGCCCCCACGGACAGAGGAGCCUCUGUACUUGGACUCUGCAGUGGAGUGGUUGUUCGGUGGCCUCUCCCACUGGGAUGCCGAGCACUUCCUCUUCAUCGCCGAGAGAGGAUACCUUUACGAGCACAACUUUGCUUUCUUCCCCCUCUACCCCGUCGUCCUCCGGGGCCUGGCAGAGACGCUGCUGUGGCCCCUGAGCAGCUGGCUGAGUGUGCGUGGGCGUCUGCUGGUGGCGGUGGCUCUUGGGAACAGUGCCCUCUUCCUGCUGAGCGCGGUCGCCUUGUACGCGCUCAGCAGGAUAGUUCUCCAGGACAGACGUCUCGCUCUGCUCUCCAGCCUGCUCUACUGCAUCACGCCUGCCAAUGUCUUCAUGACCGCUGGAUACUCGGAGAGCCUGUUUGCGGCGCUCACGUUCGGCGGUCUGUUCCUCCUGGAGAAAGGAUUCACCUUCCGAGCCUGCCUGGCCCUCAGCAUCGCCACUGCAGCACGAUCUAACGGACUUGUUAACAUAGGAUUUCUACUGUAUCUUCCAUCGCUGUACGCCAUCUCCCAGAUUCGUGUGUAUCGAACAACAACAAAAGGCCACAGUAAAGUCUUCCGCUAUAUUUGGGCCAUCAUCCGUCUCCUGCUCACCUCCCUCUUGGGAACUGCAAUCAUUGCCCUUCCCUUCUGUGCGUUCCAGUACUACGGGUAUAGGACGUUUUGCACACCGUCUGUCUCCUUGGAGAGGAUCCCCCCUGCUCUUCUGUCGCUGGCUGAACUAAAGGGCUACCGGGUUCCAGAUGAAAACGGUCCACCGCCCCUUUGGUGCAUGAGACCUCUCCCCUUGCUUUACUCUCACAUCCAGGAUGUUUACUGGGACGUGGGCUUCCUCCGCUACUUUGAGCUGAAGCAGAUACCGAACUUCAUUCUGGCUCUACCCAUGGCCACCCUCGGCAUAAUGGCAGCUUAUGCAUAUUUCCAAGCCAAUCCAGAACUGUGUCUGAGACUCGGACUUUGGGAGACGGGUGCAAACAAAGGACUUGACAAACCCACACCGGGAUUGUUUAACCCCAGAGUGUUUGUGUACGUCGUACAUUCAACUGUGCUACUGGUGUUUGGGACAUUGUGCAUGCAUGUGCAGGUUCUAACCAGAUUCAUGGCCUCCUCGUCUCCCGUGCCCUUCUGGAUAAGCGCUCACCUGCUCCUCCUCAACGAACCGCUUCUCCAUCGAAGGAAAACAUCAAAUCCCAACGUACAGCUGCAGACACAUUCCAGAAACGGAUGCAAGCACACACCUCAAAACCCCAUCGUCGCACUGCUGCCACACUUUAAAAGCUGUUCCCCGACGACUCAGAGCAUCCUGGGAUACUUCCUCUCUUACUGGGUGCUGGGCCUGGCGCUGCACUGUAACUUCUUGCCAUGGACAUGACUUAAGACAUUACUCUGAGCUUUAAAUGCCAUAUUUCUAUGUAGGACUGGGCUAUAUACCAUAUUUUAAAUCCUGUGAUCACACUACGGUGUUUUUACAGUACAUCAGCAAUAGCCCAUUUUUGUUAUGCCUUUAAUUGUUAAAUUGUUCAUUGCAAUAGCAUUACAAAGAACAAAAUUGUAUACAUGAAUGCAACAUUUUGUUAAUGUCACAUUUAUUUAAAAAAUAUGAAAUCACUAACUUCUAUUUGGAUAAAAACGUUAAAAGCAAAGAAAAUAUGUAUAAUUAUGUUGCCCAGUCCUGCAUAGAACUUAUUGACAUAAUUACCUUUUUGAUGCUGAUUUAUUCAUGCAAUAGUCAACUAAUAUGAUUUGAAUAUCUUGGUUAAAUUUGUUCAUAACAGUUCGAGAACAAACUCAAAUGUACAAUAUUCCUGAAACAUUAUUGAGGACUGUUUCGUUGUAAAUAUUGGGGAAGACUAUGGUUGUACUUGAAAAAGAAAUAUUUUUUAUUUCUCGCUGAGGUCUUGCUGAAGCUUAAAAAUUAUAUUUACUCUUUAAUUUAAUAUCGCACUGCAUGUUUGGAAGAAUUAUUCCAAGUUAUAGUUUGGGUUUUUUGUUGAUGUAAAAGGAUCCUCAAUUUUAUUUUCAUGUAAAGGUAAUACUUUUUCUUGAGGCAUUAAUGUACUGUGUUUUGUUGUAAAGAACAUUGGCUGCCAAAGUUGCACUGGCAAGUUUACCAUUGACUUUAAUAUUAAACUAAAUGUGAUAAAUCUAAUGAAACGUGUAUGUAUGCAAACCGUU